GAAUGUACUCAAGGACAGAGGUUAUUCAAAACCCCAUGUCUUCACCAAAAUUGCCUUUCAGUAGAUGUUCUUUGAGGGACUUGAUUUAAAUACAUUGUGCAUUUAUAUUUGACAAUGAGUUGGAGGUAUUCAUUUCAAUCAAGUUUCUCUUGCAUUAAACUGAAAUUUAAAAUGUAAGCUUUGUGUUUCUUAGUGAAGUUAAAGCAGUGAAGAUGGCCUCUUACGAACAGACCAAUAUCAUCAGUAAGAGGAAGGAACAGACGGACCUUUGCUUUGCUGAUCCUCCAGACGGAGGUUGGGGUUGGGUGGUGGUGUUUCAUUGUUUUCUGGUGAAUGUACUGGUGAUGGGAACCCUGAAAAGCUUUGGAAUUUUCUUUGUGGCAUUCCAGGACGAUUUUGGGGCAUCUUCAGAAAGCAUCAGCUGGAUCGGCUCCAUCAUGUCCAGCCUGCGUCUCUCUGGAGGUCCCCUGGCUUCAGUGGCUUGUGCUAAGUUCGGAAACCGAAUCACCUCGAUUGCAGGAGCAGUGCUGGUCACCACCGGCUUUCUUGUGAGCAUCCUGGCCACAAGUGUGGUCUUCUUGUAUGUCAGUUUGGGACUGGUUGUAGGUCUUGGCUUUGCACUUCUUUACCAAGCCACCUCUGUGGUCACAGCCAUCUAUUUCAGGAAGAGGCUGGCGACGGCGUACUCCAUUGGCCGCUCUGGGAUGGGCUUGACCUUUGCUCUAGCUCCCUUUUCUCAGCUCCUUCUUGACCAGUAUGCCUGGAGAGGUGCUUUGUUGAUUUUGGGAGGUCUCAUGCUACACCUUGUAGCCUCUGGGAUGCUACUGAGGCCUGCAGUUGUGAGGCCACACUCUUCUCCCAGCUCAUGCAGGAACCAUGAUGACAUGAAAACAAAUGGCUUUGUCACAUCAGCCUCUUCAUCACAGGCCUUUGAAAAGCCACCGUCUGACCCAAAUGCCCUGCUCACAUCAGAGCAAGCAAAGCUGGUCACACACAAUACUGGUGCUACAGCUGUCUCCUUUUCCAGAUCAGAGGACGUCUACCUGGAACAAAAUGGAAAGCCACCAGCUAUGGAAAAUGCAUUGCAAUGCAAUAAUGGCAGCAAAGAGUUCAUGAAAAAGAUAAAAGUGUUGGAUUUCUCCCUCUUGAAAAAUCCUUUCUUUUGCAUCUAUACGUGGUCAGUAGUCUUUAGCCAGUUGGCUUAUUUUAUUCCAUACUUUCACUUGUCGGCUCGGGCAAGAAACCUUGGGAUUGACCCAAUGGAUGCAUCCUUUAUCAUCUCUGUUGCUGGCAUAACAGAGACUGUGGCCCAGCUGGGUUCUGGAUGGUUGGCUGACAAGAAACUGAUGCACAAGUACCACUACCAUAAGACCUACCUGAUCUUGUGUGGAUUGAUUAAUCUGCUCUCGCCACUGGCCACCAACUACGCACAGCUCAUGGUCUACGCCGUUUUCUUCGCUGUCUUUUGUGGAGGUUAUAUGGCAUUGGUGUUGCCUGUCCUGGUAGAUCUUGUUGGGGUGGACAAGGUGAAUAACUCAAUGGGCUUUUCCAUGUUUUUUGUGGGCCUAGGAUGUCUGACUGGUCCUCCUCUAGCAGGCUUCCUCUAUGACUACACCCAGACAUAUGAUUGCUCCUUCUAUCUGGCUGGUGUCUGUUAUCUGCUGUCCUCUGUCUCACUGUUCCUGGAACCACUUGCACAGAAAUGGAAGGAGCAGAACAAAAACCUGCCUGAAAGACCCUUGCCUCAGUGUCCCUGAGACAGCAUCACAUGUGGCAUGCAUGGUGAUGCCAGAUCCAAGGAACAGUGUAAAUCAAUCACGCCUUUGCAAAGGAAAUCACCGAAAGAGAUAACAAGGAUGAGUAUAGCCACCAUUUCUCUAUAAAGUAUAUUCACCUGACAAAAGCUAAAAAGAUCAUCCUAUUUCGUAACAUCUGAGAAUGCAAGUUAAAUGAACAGUUUUGUGUUUAAGUACAGCCCGUGACUGGCCACUCUAUGAAGCUUAUUGUAACAUUUAAAAAAUACAUCCUUCACAGUACAGGAGAAAGGCCAAUCUGAGAACUUUGACUCAAAACCAGCCAUUUGUUAACUAAUCUGAGAAUUUCGGAUUUUGCAAUGUAGCAGACUAAUACAGUAAUGAUGGCAUUCCACUGCCUUUACCAACCAGAGAUGCACACUGUUUGAAGCGGUCAUUUAGAGUGUUCACUCCUCUGUAAGAACUGCCUUCCAGUACUGAUCAUUAAUAGUUCAUGAAUGACCACUUUCCCCUUUAGCACAAAUUCCUUGCCUUACCUUUUGUUCCCGGCUCUAUGACUGUUGUACUCUAGGUGCUGUUGGUUUUGCUGUAAUUCCCAACAGAGUUUGCAUACUCAACAUGGGCUACACAAUUCACUGUAUACCUCUGAGGCUGUGUUUUGUUUGGCUACCUCAACACUUUUCAAUUGGACCAUUAGAAAAGCACCUGGCCUCAUUAUCCUUAUUGUUGCUCUGUUGUUAACCAAAUGGGGUAAUUGCUGCAGUACCAGAUUAGUAAUCUGAUUACAUAUCAGACUGAAAUAAAUGGUGGACAAUGCAGCACGAUCUGCAUGAGAAGUUCUUAGAGGGCAAAUUUUAGAAAGUCUUUUGUACCUUUGACAUUUUUUGGAUAUUGGUUUAUUGAUUAUUGGUCAACAGAAUAAGGUUCAUAAAAUAAGUUUUACUUAUUUUUGCAUGAAUCAAUAAUAUUGUACAGUUCAUAUAAUGAAUAAAAAGUUUUUUAGCCUAA